AUGAGCGACUUGGAACGGGAGUUAGAACGUCUGCGCCCCUCAGAUUCUCCUGUGGACCGUCGUACGCUCUAUAACAGCGAAUUAUGGUGGUCUGGUCAUUUCGAAUAUUUGAAAGAUCGCGGUUAUAUGAUGCGGCCCAGAUAUCGCCCUGGUUGGAAGCCCUCGUUCAAGCCAGGAUUGCUCGCAGCUCUAUACUCCGAGGACGGCCAAACUAUGCUUCAUCCCUAUGUGAUGGAUGCCCUUCGCAUCUCGGACUCUUACAUGGUCGCAAUGAAGCGCGUCAAGGUUUCUACCGGCGAGGACAAGAUUGCGAGCUUCUUCUCAGACGAGGAGCAUAACACGAACUCUCGCAACCAUUGUAUUCGCGUGCUGGAAGUAUUAGCGAUUCCGGGAAAUGACGAUGAGAAAAUUUUGGUCAUGCCUUGGUUGCGGAAUGUAAUGGAUCCUAGGUUUCGGACAAUUGGGGAAGCAAUUCAGUUUUUCCAAGAGAUGAUAGAAGGCUUGCAGUAUAUGCACGAGAAUAAUGUGGCGCAUAGGCGCGUUGACUAUUUCAUCAAUAAUAUUCGGGAUUGCGCAAGGAACAACUUGGGCAUGGAUGCUAACUCAAUGUACACUCGUCAGUAUCAUCCCAUUGAACAGAAGAAGAGGUAUAAUUGGAGUGGAAGGGCUCUACAUCACUCUCGUACCCGUUGUCCUCCCAGAUACUAUUUUAUCGACUUCGGACGAUCUGAAAUGUACGACCCUACGGAACCACGUCCUUUGGAAUAUGCAUUGAAGUCAGGUGGUUAUACUCCUCCGGAGGGUGAUGCAGAUAUUCCGUGCGAUCCUUUCGCCACUGAUGUUCACAUUUUGGGCACCAUGAUACGAACCUCGUUCCUCGAUGGCGACAUCAAUAGAUCCAGACCAGGAGUUCAUGGUUUUGAAUUUCUCAGACCGCUCGUAAAUGACAUGAUUGCAGACGAUCCUUCCAACCGUCCUACGAUGAAUGAGGUCGCCUCACGGUUCUCCACUAUUGUCGGAAAGUUACGAUGGUGGAAGCUUCGCUCACGCGCAGUCCAGAAAGACGAGUUUCUGACAACACCAUUUCGCGCCCUUUACCAUAUUUUCUGGACGGCCUCGAUGAUGUUGCUGUUAAAGCCCGCCAUACCUGUACCAAAGGGACUUCAUUGACGUUCCUAUUAUUCUUGACUACUUGCACUUGCUUUUGUUGUGAUAUCUCAAUGCUUUCGUGCUUUUUACUGGAGGCAAUCUCAACGCUCUAUCAUCUGUACCAUAUUUUUUUCUAAUUCACACUCCUUCACGGGAUGGUACUCACAAGCAACCUGAGUCCGGUGACUUUUUCAGUAUCUCGAUUAUAUUCGUUUUUGAUGCGCUAUGUAUUUGAUCAGAAGGCAUCCAACGGCCGUGGCGUUGUGGGCUAUUGUGGGUCCGCUUUUUUUUGACUCCACAUAUUUUUUCGGCCGAUGGGCGAGAAUUAGGACAGGAUGUAAUACUCAUAGUAAAAUGUAUUCUGUAGAGACACAGGAAUGAUCAUGCACUACAUGUACAGGC